UGCGUCUCCCCGCCGUUAAACGCUCCAGGUGCUUUUGUUGAGUUGUGACUUGCAGGGACUGCGGGAGUCGUAGGGAUGACACCUGGGGACCCAGGAGCCCUAGAAAUGGUGACAACCCCAGGGAGGGGCAGCACUGACAGGACAGAUCGCCCGGAGAAGUUUCUCAAGAGAAACCUGCAGCAAAGGACUGCCAGCUGCGCGUCCCCGCCCAGGACGCAGCCUGGAGGAGAGGCGGGAGGAGCUCGCACCACGCGCCUCCAGGGGGAUGCGCUACUUUCUCUCAAGAAAAACAUCCACGAACGAGGAAUAAACCCUCUUAGAAGAGCCGCCCACUGACUACGGAAAAGUGAUAAACAACUAAAAUAUCGGGUCUGUUUGUGGUUGAUGACGAUGCUGCGAAUCGGCUACAGGAAGUUGGCGUUCGGGAACGAACGAGGAGGGAUCUGGAAAUUUAGGGAUUUAUUGUCGGUCCUGGAAGAGCUGGGGGGACAGGGUCGCGGAUUGGAGACCCUGCUCCCCAAACAUUCAGAAAACUCGGGAGGAAACGGGUCCCCUCCGAGGAGAAAGGAGGCCCUGGGGACCCCCACACCGCAGCCCCUCCGCGCACGGACCCCGGAGCCCGAGGCCCGACCGUCCUGCGGACCCUCCCGCGGGCCCCGCACCGUCUGGGACACGCGGGGCUGCGGGCGCACAGCGGCCCAGAGACGCUCCGGCCCAAGUCGCCGCGCGCAGGGACCACAGGACGCCCGCGGCCCGGCUGCCGGCCCCGCCCCCACGCUGCGGCCGGAGGGGCCUGAGGGCCGAGCGGCGCCACCGCGGACUCGGGGCCGCAGACCCCCGGCGGGGACCGCGGGAGGCCGGGCCCGCCCCGCCGCUUCCCACCAGCCCCUCCUCCCGCGUCCUCAUCCCGGGGCUGAACUCUCACCAUUUCUAGGGCUCCUGGGUUCCCCGGUGUCCUCCCUACGACUCGGUACAGGUUACGGCACGACAGAGUCCUCUGCAGAGCAACGUGGGGCCUUUAAAGGCAGGCGACCGGUGGACAGAGCGACAGGAAGUCGGGAGUGGUUGUGGGGCGUCGCCCCACCCACCUGCCCCUCUGUCCUGAGUGACAGGGGGAUGGAGAUAAAGUCUCUGAGCCAACCCAGAGCUGGAAGUGGUCAUCUCUCGGGAUUUUCCCACUGAAAAGCGUUGCUACGAGGCCACUCGGGGAACUGUGACCGUUCUUUGCAAACACACUUAAAAUCACCUCCCCAUAUGUAAUAGUCUGACUCCACUCUAAACUUUGAUCUUCCACCCAGCGCUUCCCCACCCUCUCCUGUCAGACUUUAAGGAAUCCUGUGGCCUCCCAAGCCCUCAGCCCCGGUGGGAAGUUGGAACCCGCAGCCCUAGCUGGGCGCAGGGUCUCUUCUCAGUCUACCACAAGGUGUGAGGUGUGUUCAUUCAAGUCUCAGGUGUACGUUUUACCCUGGAGGGAAAUUUACUUUAGAUCGUUUUUUGAGUGUAUCCUGAAAGAACUUUGAAAUGUAAAAGGCUAUAAUAUCCCUAAAGUAAUUCAAUUUCUAUUUGGACUGUUAUAACUAAAAAACAAGAAAAGGGUAUGUAAAUGUGGGAUGUGCUGGAAAAUAUUCAUAUGAGUAAGAGUUUGGGAUGUAAAACUCUUUUUUAAUUGCAAAACUCAAUGCAUUUAUCCACUUACCUGAACUUUUUUUUUUUGAGAAACAAUACACAUACAAUGGAACGCUUUAAUGUGUAUAACUCACUAGUCUUCAGUAUAUUGACAGAUACUGUGCAAUCGUAACCGCAGUCAAUUUCAGAAUAUUUCCAUCCAUUAAAAAGAAAUCCCUCUACCCUUGACCUUUCACUACUCUAUCUUCCCACCAUCCUCCUCCAAGCAACAGCCGUAGACAGCCACUACUCUGUUUUGUGUCUAUAAAUUUCCGUAUUUGUUGACUUUCAUAUAAAUGAAAUUGUAUAAUA